GUAUGUCAGGUGUGUGCUGAAUGUGUGGGUGUGUUUAUAGUAGAGAUUUAUUUCUGUAGGUGUAAGUAAAUGGGUGGUGUUAACCAUGCUGGUCACAUAACAGGUGGAGUGGAAUGUUUAUAUGUGCAUCUGUACCUGGCUGUGCUUGUAUGUAUUCAUCUCUGACUCGUGCAGUCAGGGCCGUUCAUAUGGGGAACAUGUUCAGCAUAAUGAAACUACCACGCGUCUUCACUGUCCACCAGGUGCCCAAGGCAUUCCAUGAGGACAGUAUUAUAUCUGGUUAUCGACACCCUCGCAGUUCGGCCACAGAUUGUGUGCUCAGUCUCUUUCAGCUCACCAACGAAACCCUCAAUGUCUGGACACAUUUUCUACCAACAUGGUAUUUUCUAUGGAAGCUGAUGACUGUUUUGUUGACGGAGAAUGUGUGGUAUGAUGAGUACACAUGGCCUCUUCUGGUCUAUCUAUUCUCCUGUUGUGUGUACCCAUUGGCAUCCAGCUGUGCACAUACCUUCAGUACCAUGUCUACUCGUGCCCGACAUAUCUUCUUCUUUUUUGACUAUGGGGCUCUAUCUCUCUACAGUCUCGGUUCAGCGAUCAGCUAUUCUGCAUAUGUUAUACCUGAUGCUUGGGUCAAUAGCACCUUUCACAGAUGUUACAUCCCCAUUGCUGUAUUUAACUCCAUACUGUCAACCAGCUUGGCCUGCUACUCAAGAUUCUCUGAGAGAGAGAGCUGGAAGUGGAGUAAAGUAUUUCGUGUUCUAGCUUUCACCUACCCCUACCUGUUUGACAACAUACCUCUCUUAUAUAGGUUAGUUCUGUGUGUAGGCGAGGGCUGCACUGAUAAUGAGGCAAACUCUCUUCAUGUUCAACACACACUAUUGGCAUUUCUUACUGGCUUCCUGUUUGCAACGCAUCUACCUGAGAGACUGGCACCUGGACGCUUUGACUAUAUAGGACACAGUCACCAGCUUCACGUGUGUGGAGUCAUUGGGACUCACUUCCAAAUGAAGGCUAUAGAAACUGACAUGGUGCUACGACGGUCACAACUGCUGAUCAGUGCCCCAGACAUCACCAUAAGCAACACAGUUGGAGCUGCUCUGGUUUGUGUCUGCAUCAGUCUUGGGAUCAUCUAUUAUUUUAGUCUACCUCUGCUCCAUAGAUCCACACCCCAUAAAGACAGCUGCACCAAUGAAAAGAAAUGCACCGAAUGAAUGAAAAACCGGUAGAACUUUAAUUGAUUGCAAUCUUUCACAGGUAUUCUGAUUACGAAAGUAAUUAUUAAAAUGUGUUUAGAACAUUUUUAGAGGAUAAUUCACAAUAUACCGUUAUUAUAUUUACUCCAAGUGGGGUUUGUAAGUUUACAGAAGCCACACAGCUUGAGAUUGUGAACAAAGACUGGAUGAAUGCAUUAGCCUACUACUCAGGUGAGAUCAAGUAUUGGCACUGACUGUUAGUCUCAGAUCAAGUCGUUGGGAAGGGAGGUGUCUAUCAUUGUACUAUAUAUUUUUUGAUGUAUUCUUAAAUACAGAGUCAAUCAAUAUAAGCCUACAAUUUUAAAGCAAUGAGUACAUUUUUAUGGUGAACUUUUCCUCUCUGUUAAAACAACAAAAGUACAUUUUGUCCAAAGCGACUUACAUUGCAUUAUCCUAUACACUUAUAUGUGCAAUACCCUGAGAUCGAACCCACGUCCU